AUGAGUCCUGGGAUCCGUCUCAAGCUGUCAGGCUCGCUGUAUGGAAAUGAAACGCAGCAGUACAGUGAUGUGGAGGAAUGGGAACACGUGUCAAAGGCCAGGGAUGGUUCAAAGUGGCAUGUGCGGAACUUUCUUACCUUGCUAGCCAUUGAGUAUCAGGAUGCAGGAAUCAAGACCUCUGCUGCACAGGAUGAGCCAGGGAACCACAACACGGAAAAGGGAAGGCCCCCGAACAUCCUAGCCCUCCGUUUACCACCCACAGACCUUUUCUCUCCUCCCUCGGGCGUCUAUUUCAACACUCCUGGCCGUGCGGCAGCAGGCCCGUGGGAUAAGAGCAGGGUGAGACCUGUGGAACUGGUGUGCAUGGAGCUGACAUCUGCCGGAGCCAGCAUCAUGGUGCAGUUUAUGGCCUUGGCAGCACGUGGGACCAGGGCCUAUGGCACUGAGAAUGGCAUCCUGAUUUCUGCUUCUUCUCUUGGAUUAUCAGGUGUGACGACUCUGUUGAUGACCCAGUGGGGCUCUGCUGCAAAACUGGUCUGCUACUUCACGAACUGGGCCCAGUACCGUCCGGGGGCAGCUCGAUUCUUACCCAGGGAUGUCGACCCCAACCUGUGUAGCUACCUCAUCUAUGCCUUUGCUGGAAUGGACAAUCACCAGCUCAGCUCUGUGGAGUGGAACGACAAGCUUCUCUACCAGGAGCUGAACGGCCUAAAGAGGAUGAACCCCAAGCUGAAGACUUUGUUAGCCAUCGGGGGCUGGACCUUUGGUACCCAGAAGUUCACAGAUAUGGUGGCCACGGCCAGCAACAGGCAGACCUUCGUCAACUCGGCCAUAAGGUUCCUGCGCACUCAUGGUUUUGAUGGCCUUGACCUUGACUGGGAGUACCCAGGAAGCCGUGGGAGCCCAGCAGUAGACAAACAGAGAUUCACGGCCUUGCUACAAGACUUGGCCACGUCCUUCCAGGAGGAAGCCCAGACCUCAGGGAAGGAACGGCUCCUUCUGACGGCAGCUGUGCCAGCUGGGCAAGACCACGUGGAUGCUGGCUAUGAGGUGGACAAGAUGGCUCUGAGCUUGGAUUUCGUCAGCCUUAUGGCCUAUGACUUCCACGGCUCCUGGGAAAAGACCACAGGACACAACAGCCCCCUUUACAAAAGGCAAGAAGAGAGUGAGACAGCCAUUGGGCUCAACGUGGAUACUGCUGUGCAGCUCUGGCUACAGAAGGGGAUGCCUGCCAGCAAACUGAUCCUCGGCAUGCCCACCUAUGGACGCUCCUUCACCCUGGCCUCCUCAUCAGACAACAGAGUUGGGGCCCCAGCCACAGGGCCUGGUGCUCCAGGUCCCUAUACAAGGGAAGGAGGGAUACUGGCUUACUUUGAGGUCUGCUCCUGGAAAGGAAAACACAGAAUCAAGGACCAGAAGGUGCCCUAUGUCUUCCAAGACAACCAGUGGGUGGGAUUUGAUGACAUGGAAAGCUUCAGAGCUAAGGUCAGCUAUCUGAAACAGAAGGGGCUGGGAGGGGCCAUGGUCUGGGCCCUGGACUUGGACGACUUCACAGGCUCCUUCUGCAACCAGGGCCAGUACCCCCUCAUCCGGACGCUGCGGCAGGAGCUGAAUCUUCCCUCUGUGCCUCCAAGAAGCCCAGAACAGGAAGCACCUGGACCACACCAGCCUCCUGAGCCAGAGCAGGGACGCAGCCCAGGUGUAGAUACCUUCUGCCAAGGCAAAGCUGACGGGCUCUACCCCAACCCUGGAGAAAAAUCCAGUUACUACAGCUGUGCAGGGGGGCGGCAGUUCCAGCAGAGCUGUCCCCCAGGCUUGGUGUUCAGUGACUCUUGCAAGUGCUGUACCUGGAGUUGAGUCCCUGGAAUCCCGUCCACUCCAGCCUGAGGCCAGGCCUGGGAGUCCCCCAACAGCCCGCCUCUGCUUUCCCUGGGGGCUGCAGGCUUCUCCAUUC